CUGGUACCUUACCACCCUAACACUACCCCUGGUACCUUACCACCCUAACACUACACUACCCCUGGUACCUUACCACCCUAACACUACCCCUGGUACCUUACCACCCUAACACUACUCUACCCCUGGUACCUUACCACCCUAACACUACUCUACCCCUGGUACCUUACCACCCUAACACUACCCCUGGUACCUUACCACCCUAACACUACCCCUGGUACCUUACCACCCUAACACUACUCUACCCCUGGUACCUUACCACCCUAACACUACCCCUGGUACCUUACCACCCUAACACUACACUACCCCUGGUACCUUACCACCCUAACACUACACUACCCCUGGUACCUUACCACCCUAACACUACCCCUGGUACCUUACCACCCUAACACUACCCCUGGUACCUUACCACCCUAACACUACUCUACCCCUGGUACCUUACCACCCUAACACUACUCUACCCCUGGUACCUUACCACCCUAACACUACCCCUGGUACCUUACCACCCUAAGGGUCUGUCAGACGCUGACCCCUCUCCCGUGUCAGACCCUUCUACGCCGGACAACGGUCAGGAGAUGCAAGAGGGAACAGCGGACUCUGUGAUAUCGUGUCCUGUUGGAAUAGAGGGCCUCAGUGAGGGUGAACUUCCAUUGGAACAAAGUAAGAAAACAGCUUCUGCUAUGGCUGGGGAGGGCUCUGGUGGCUCCACAGAGCAACAGUUUCACCCCUCUGAGAAGGGCAGCCAUGGGACUCAGGAAACUGGACUCCAUUCUGGGGACUGUGAUGAUAGAGAAAUGGGAGAUGCCUAUGACCCUGAUGAAACAUCUCUGGAUCAUGCAGCUGACGUCUCAGAUAUCAGUGGCUCUGUGGACGUUACAGUAACAGCAGUAUCAAACUGUGGAGCGCUGCUGUUCUCAGGUAGCGGGACUACUGAUAGAGAACCUGCUAAUACACCCCCAGAACCCCUGGUAGAGCCUACACCACCAGAACCCCUGGUAGAGCCUACACCCCUGGUAGAGCCUGAAGCCCUGUUAGAGCCUACACCCCCAGAACCCCUGUUAGAGCCUGAACCCCUGUUAGAGCCUACACCACCAGAACCCCUGUUAGAGCCUACACCCCCAGAACCCCUGGUAGAGCCUACACCCCUGUUAGAGCCUACACCACCAGAACCCCUGGUAGAGCCUACACCACCAGAACCCCUGUUAGAGCCUACACCCCUGUUAGAGCCUACACCACCAGAACCCCUGUUAGAGCCAGAACCCCUGUUAGAGCCUGAACCCCUGUUAGAGCCUACACCACCAGAACCCCUGUUAGAGCCUACACCCCCAGAACCCCUGUUAGAGCCUACACCCCCAGAACCCCUGUUAGAGCCUACACCCCUGUUAGAGCCUACACCACCAGAACCCCUGUUAGAGCCUACACCACCAGAACCCCUGUUAGAGCCUACACCACCAGAACCCCUGUUAGAGCCUACACCACCAGAACCCCUGUUAGAGCCUGAACCCCUGUUAGAGCCUACACCACCAGAACCCCUGUUAGAGCCUACACCACCAGAACCCCUGUUAGAGCCUACACCACCAGAACCCCUGUUAGAGCCUACACCACCAGAACCCCUGUUAGAGCCUGAACCCCUGUUAGAGCCUGAACCCCUGUUAGAGCCUGAACCCCUGUUAGAGCCUACACCACCAGAACCCCUGUUAGAGCCUGAACCCCUGUUAGAGCCUACACCACCAGAACCCCUGUUAGAGCCUACACCACCAGAACCCCUGUUAGAGCCUGAAGCCCUGUUAGAGUCUACACCCCCAGAACCCCUGUUAGAGCCUACACCACCAGAACCCCUGUUAGAGCCUGAACCCCUGUUAGAGCCUACACCACCAGAACCCCUGUUAGAGCCUACACCACCAGAACCCCUGUUAGAGCCUACACCACCAGAACCCCUGUUAGAGUCUACACCACCAGAACCCCUGUUAGAGCCUGAAGCCCUGUUAGAGUCUACACCACCAGAACCCCUGUUAGAGCCUACACCACCAGAACCCCUGUUAGAGCCUACACCACCAGAACCCCUGUUAGAGCCUGAACCCCUGUUAGAGCCUGAACCCCUGUUAGAGCCUACACCCCCAGAACCCCUGUUAGAGCCUACACCACCAGAACCCCUGUUAGAGCCUGAACCCCUGUUAGAGCCUGAACCCCUGUUAGAGCCUACACCACCAGAACCCCUGUUAGAGUCUACACCACCAGAACCCCUGUUAGAGCCUGAACCCCUGUUAGAGCCUGAACCCCUGUUAGAGCCUGAACCCCUGUUAGAGCCUACACCACCAGAACCCCUGUUAGAGCCUACACCCCCAGAACCCCUGUUAGAGCCUCAACCCCGGUUAGAGCCGACACUAGAGCCCGCAAUAGAGCAUCGCUCAGAGUCCUCAUCAGAGCCUCAGUCAGAGCAGGUGUCCGAGGGGGAUCUGCCACUAGAGGGCAGUGCCAGACAGGGUGACAGAGAAGGUGAGAGACAGGGUGACAGACAGGGUCACAGAGAAGGUGAGAGACAGGGUGCCAGACAUGGUGACAGAGAAGGUGACAGACAGGGUGACAGACAGGGUGACAGAGAAGGUGAGAGACAGGGUGACAGAGAAGGUGACAGACAGGGUGUCGGACAGGGUGGCAGAGAAGGUGAGAGACAGGGUGACAGACAGGGUGACAGAGAAGGCGAGAGACAGGGUGCCAGACAGGGUAAGCCCAUAGAGGCUGGUGACUCUGGCCUCAGAGCUGAGACUAAGGAGGGUGUGUUAGGGUCAGAGGUAACAGAAGGGAUAGUGUCUGUACCUGCAGACCUCCAGAAAUACCACCAGAUUGACCGCCAGUCAGACAGUGAGCACCCUCCAGAGACCAGGGAUGGGACUACCCCCAUGGACGGAGACUUCCCGCCCCCAGAAACAGGUUCCAACUCUGGGGGAGCGUCUGGUGGAGCAGGUGGAGAGAUGGAGGGUGGAGAGGAGGGUGGAGAGGGUGUAGCGAUGGAGAUAACAGAGGUCCUACGGAGACGGAGUGAGGCCCCCUUGGUUCUAGGGGAACACAGCGGAGACCACUCUGACAGGACAGUGGAUCAGGGAUCCUGUGGCACCAGGACAGAGGAGGGGUCAGAACACUCAGACAGUCAACCUGCUACAGACCAAGCCCUCCACCUCGACCCCUCUGUAACCCUCGACCCCUCUGUAACCCUAACCCUGACCCUCGACCCCUCUGUGACGUGGUCAGACUGUGGAGAUGGAGAUGAUGUCACUGCUGUAGUGGUGUCCACAUAUACAGGGGAUGUCCCACCUAACAGUCCAGCGUCACCUGAGAACCUACCUGAAAACCUACUUGAGAACGCACCUGAGAACCUACCUGGGAUCCAACCUGGGAUCCUACCUGGGAACCUACCUGAGAACGUACCUGGGAUCCUGCCUGGGAUCCUGCCUGGGAACCCGCCUGAGAUCCCGCCUGGGAACCCACCUGAGAACCUACCUGGGAACCUACCUGGGAACCUGCCUGGGAUCCUACCUGGGAACCUACCUGAGAUACUACCUGAGAACCUAACAGAUGCUGUCUGUUCUGCAAGUCACCUUACUGUCCCUGUUGAAGACCUGGAUGUUCCAGCAGCAGAGGAAACGGCAGAUUGUCAGGAAGACCAAUCAACAGAGAAUAUAUCUACGAUCCACAAAGAGGAGGAGGCUGUCUAUCCUGAACCCUGUUGUAUUCCCGACACACAGACACGCAGCAGCACUGACCACAGACACAGCAACAACCAAACAGACUGUCAGAGUGUGAGCAGUUUCAGCUCUACUCUCCUGAAAGACUCAGACAGCGACACCGAGAGCUUCUUCAGCACAGGAGAGGACAGUGUUUUCAGCAAGGGGGACGAUACGAUGAUGGGGGACAGCACCAGUGAGGUGUCUGUAUCCUGUUCCUCCACAGACGACACGGCCAGUGUGGGUCCGACCAGCUCCAGCCCAGAGAGCUGUGUGGAGGGGGGCCCAGGGGACCAGGGGGACAGGGGCCAUGGCCGCCGCUGGAACCCUGUAGAGGGCCACACACAAGGGCCCACCGCAAGAGAAGGUCCAGGAGAAGGAGGAGGAGGAGGAGGAGGAGAGGCAGCGGAGGAGGUGAAGGACAGACUGACGGAGGUGACACGGCGCCCAGCUAAACAUCCACCCAGCGUCAGGUCUCUGUCCCCAUUCAGACGCCACAGCUGGGGAGCAGGGAAGAACACAGCAGGAAACGGAGACAUGAACCAAUGCAGGACCACACAAAGUCCCGCGGAAGGAAAGCCAACGUUUCACAGGAGAAGCUGCAGCCUGGAGGGCCUGAGUGAAGUAAGUGAUGAUGGGAAGGGCCCGUCGGCCCUGGGCGCCAUUACCCAGGAGGCUAGGCUGCGUGGAGUGGUCUGUCACCAGGGCAGCAGCGAGGAGAGGGUCAGAUCUCUAGUACCUCUGACAGAAGAACACCAAUCUGAGCUGGGCGUUCGCACCACGGAGCACGGACAGAAGUCCAGGAGGACUCGUCUAUUGAGACACAGCUGUCCUCCCAUGACCCUCCCCCUGACCAAGUCAGUGUCCACGCUCAGCAUCAACCAGAGAGACAUGGAUAGUACCAGGUCAUUCUCCAGCACUUCUGGCUCUCUGGCUUACAGUAUAUCUGAGGAGGACAUUGCGGGUCCCCUGAGGACGGACUUCGAGGGGAAGAGUGGGACCAAGGUUAGCCGAACCUUCAGCUACCUCAAGAACAAGAUAUACAAGAAGACCAGGGUGAGUACUGCUACACUACUGCAUUAUUACUAA